AUGGUGUUCAAUCGUCCUGCUCCUAAACGGAAGCAGACGUCGUCUGAUGAGGAUCCUCCGCAACAAUUCGUACCUUAUGAUGCUUAUAAGGUGCUCUAUGAUCGAGUUGUCACCCUCACCUCCUUGGUGAAUCAACUUCGUGGCGCAAUCGUCGAUUCUGGACAGAAUAAAUUGGCUCUCGCUGUGGCUGAGUCGUGCGAACUCCUUCCGGAUUUGCCUCAAAUUGCGGACCCACUUAUCCAUGACCACUCAGCUUCGGAUUCUCACGUUUUCAUGGGUACCUCCUCGAAGCUACCACAAGUUCCCACACCUAUUGCUCCUGUCACAACUAUCAACUCUCUGGACAUCGCUCGGGAAGCUGCUAAGCUUCUCGAUAAAGCUACUCGUGUUGUGAUUGAGAAGAUGCCGGACAACCAUGACAACCCGAAUCAGGACUCGCAAGAUCUGGAUUUCUUUCAGAAGUUAGCCAUUGCCAAUCGUCUCCCGUCUCCCAAGAAAGCUCACCGCCACCAGUGUUCCUCGAAAUUUCGUCCUCUGAAACUUCAAUUCGACUCUUCUACUGAUCGGGACAUUUUUCUGCAUGGCUAUCACAAAAUUCGCUCAACUGACAAAUCUCUCCUGGAUAUUGCCACCAAGCCCCGAGCUCGUCGGGAUCUGACCAAACCGGAACUUGAAACUCUCCGUGCUUCUCGGAAGUUUUGCUAUGAUCAGAAUAAGAUUGCCGGAGAAUCGAAAUUCAUUAUGUCGGACAUCAAUUAUAAAGUCAACUCUAAGCCCCGCCCUUUUAUUUAA